CUGCUGGGUUCUGGCGGGGGGGGGGGGUCACUCGGGUCCCCGACAGCGGCGCGUGGGGGCGCCCCGGCCACCGCCGGUUUGAGGUUCCCGGGCGGCCCGAGCCCAAGGACCACGCGGUCCCGGCGCGCCCGCACCUGCGCGCGGAGAGCUGCGCGCGCCCCGGCCCUCUCCGGCCCGGCACCGGGUGCGCGGGGAUGCGCGGCCGCGCACCGCACACUCGCACGAACACGCACGCACAGGCACGGGGCCCCGAGGCCCCCACGCUCGGACCCGCAUCCCCGGGGCCCUGAGAAGUCGCGGCCCGCGCCCUGGUCCGCAGGGGACUCGCCGUUUCCGCGGCUCCUCAGAGGCCGGCCCGGCGCUCGCCGGCCCCUGCUCGCCCUCGGCCCUCGGCCCCGCCGCGCCCUCCGCCCUCGGUCCCGUCCCGCCCCGGUGCCCUCCGCCCUCGCCCCGCCCCGCCCCGGUGCCGGGCUGCGGCCACUGGGCGCCGGGAGCGGCGGGGACGCGCGAUGUCGGCGAGUGGCCGCGGCCCGCGGGUGCUGGUGGUGGGCGGCGGCGUGGCGGGGCUGAGCGCGGCGCAGAGGCUCAGCGGCCACCCGGCCCGCCCGCACGUGAGGGUCCUGGAGGCCACGGCGCGCGCCGGGGGCCGCAUCCGCUCGGAGCGCAGCUUCGGUGGCGUGGUGGAGAUUGGGGCACACUGGAUCCACGGGCCCUCCCAGGGCAACCCCAUCUUCCAGCUGGCGGCCAAGUACGGGCUGCUGGGGGAGAAGGAGCUCUCAGAGGAGAACCAGCGUGUGGAGACCGGAGGCCAUUUGGACCUGCCCUCCGUGACCUACACCAGCGCUGGGGGCACCGUGAGCUUUGAGCUGGUGACCGAGAUGGGCAGUCUGUUCUACAGCCUCAUGGACCAGACCCGGCUGUUCCUGCAUGCGGCCGACCCCCCAGCGCUCAGCGUGGGGGAGUUCCUCAAGAAGGAGAUCGGCCAGCGCGUGGCUGGCUGGACUGACAGUCCCGAGACCAGGAGGCUCAAGCUGGCCGUGCUCAACACCCUCUUCAACCUGGAGUGCUGUGUGAGUGGCACCCACAGCCUCGACCUGCUGGCCCUGACACCCUUCGGGGAGUACACAGUGCUGCCAGGGCUGGACUGCACCUUCCCGAGGGGCUUCCAAGGUAUCACGGACCGCAUACUGGCCUCCUUGCCCCCAGACACCGUGGUUUACAACAAGCCCGUGAAGACCAUCCGCUGGAAAGGCUCCUUCCAGGACACUGAGUGCCCCGGGCAGCUCUUCCCCGUACUGGUGGAGUGUGAGGACGGGGACACCUUCGCUGCACAUCAUGUCCUGGUCACCGUGCCCCUGGGUUUCCUUAAGGAACAUCUGGACACCUUCUUUGAGCCACCGCUGCCCCUGGAGAAGGCAGAAGCCGUCAGGAAAAUGGGCUUUGGGACCAACAACAAAAUCUUCCUGGACUUUGAGGAGCCCUUCUGGGACCCCGACUGCGAGUAUAUCCAGGUGGUGUGGGACAGCACGUCACCCCUGGAGGCGGCCACAGGACUGGAGCUGAAAGAUGCCUGGGUCAGGAAGCUCAUUGGCUUCGUGGUCCUGCCGCCUUUCGAGUCUGCCCAUGUCCUCUGCGGUUUCAUUGCGGGGCACGAGUCCGAAUUCAUGGAGACACUGUCGGAUGAGGAGGUGCUGCUGACUCUGACCCGGGUGCUGAGGCAGAUGACAGAAAACCCGCAGCUGCCAGCACCUCGGGGUAUCCUGAGGUCUCGGUGGCACAGUGCCCCCUACACCAGGGGCUCCUACAGCUACGUGGCCGUGGGCAGCACCGGGGAUGACAUUGACCUGCUGGCCCAGCCUCUUCUCGUGGACAGCAAAGACCCUCAGGUGCUGUUUGCUGGGGAGGCCACACACCGCAGCUUCUACUCCACCACCCACGGUGCGCUGCUGUCCGGCUGGAGAGAGGCUGAUCGGCUCAUGGAUCACUGGGGCCCUGGGGCAGGGCAAAAAACCUGAAGAUCCCCAGAGACCUGAGCCCUUUGACUGGGCCUCCCAGCGAGGCUGGCCUUGCUGAUGGCCUCCUGUCCUCCCCGGGAGCUCGCCAGGAAUCAUGCUGUUCAAGGAGCCCUGCUGUUUGGGCCGGGAGGGCGCGGCCUUCUGAGAGCCUCAUAAAGUGUUUCUCCAGGCCGGAGUCCCG